CCACGUGCCGUCCAGCCAGUCGCCAAGCCUCAAAUCCCUGCCCUAGAAACCGCGAGAGCAGACUGUCUCCCCAAAACCCUGUUGCGAUGGGCAAGGGACCUUGCCGUAGCGCCGGGCUCCCAUCCUCCACUUCCCUCACGGCUGAGGACGCCCCAGGAAACAGGAGAGGGUUUUAUUGUCACCGAGUUUCGGUUUGGGAGCGUCCUGCUCUGCGACAAGAAACGUGCAGCAGCGGUUAAAAGCACUUCCGGUGGCCACCGGAAGUGCCUGAGCGGGGCGCGCUGGAUAGGGCGGAAGUUGAAGGGCCGGGCUUGUGGCCGGGGCGGUGCGACCCCAGGCGGCUCUGCUCCCGAAGCUGCCUGGGUAAGGCCGGAGGUGGCUUCUGUGACUGCCAGGCCCGUGGGAGGCCCGGCUGAGGCUGUGUCCUCCGUCCUGUCUUUGGAAUUCACACGCGGUCCCCAUUUUCCUGGCCGGUUUGGUGCCCUGUUGAGGUGCAGGCGCUAGAGCAAUGGCAGGUAGGAGCCUGUGGGGCUGGAUGCCCUUGGCGUGCAGAAACUUCUCUCAGGGGCUUCCACUCUUGGCCGGUGCAAGGCCUACGCCUCCAUCCCCCAGAGUGGUCGAUCGCUGGAACGAGAAGAGGGCUCUGUUCGGUGUCUAUGACAACAUCGGGAUCCUGGGGAACUUCGAAAAGCACCCGAAAGAACUGAUCAAGGGCCCAGUCUGGCUCCGAGGCUGGAGGGGAAAUGAACUGCAGCGGUGCAUCCGAAAGAAGAAAAUGGUGGGAAGCAGGAUGUUCGUCGACGACCUGCACAACCUUAACAAACGGAUCAGCUACCUCUACAAACACUUUAACCGGCACGGGAAGUACCGCUAGAACAGAACUGGGGACUCGAAGAGGCACACUUGUCACCCUGGAGGAGCCGAACAGGACUCACCCUGGGAGGAAGGAGCUCAGUGUGCUCUCUGUAAUAAAAUGAGCCUUCUUUGGAAUGUGA